AUGGUCGCCGUGCCCUUUCCCGUGGAGCUUCCCGAGGCCAGCCCUUUCGGUCCACAUAACAUACCAUUUGGGAUUUUCAGCACACCGCAGGGUGUUGGUCUUGGAACCAAACCACGCGCUGGAGUGGCGCUCGGAGACUAUGUCAUCGAACUCCAUGAGCUGGCUCGACGCGGCGUGUUCGAUGCCCACCAAGACACUUCAAAGAUCUUGAGACAGGUCUUCCUCGAGCCCACAUUGAACUCGUUCGCGGCAUUGGAAGGCAGUGAAAGGAGAUGGGUCCGACAGACAAUCAUUGAGAAUGUCACAAGCGAAAAGUCAGUCCUCUUUACGGAUCAAGACCUGAAUGAGAAAGCCUUUGUGUUGGCCCGUGAUACACAAAUGCACCUACCGAUGGACAUCACCGACUACACCGACUCGUUUUCGUCUCUCAUUCACGCUGAAAAUUCUCUGAAACCUCUGGGACUUGACCUUCCGCCGGCGUUCAAGCUCUAUCCACUCGGAUACAAUGGGCGUUGCUCCUCCAUCUUCCCAUCGGGUCACCAAAUCCAUCGGCCGAGUGGAUUUUUCAUCAAAGAAGGCGAGACUCAGCCCGCUUUCCAGAUCUCGCGGAAGGUGGACUUUGAGAUCGAGCUCGGGGCCUUUAUUUCCAAGCCGGUCCCCCACGGACAGACAAUCGACGCGAAGACCGCGGCAGAUCAUAUCUUCGGCUAUGUCCUCCACAACGACUGGUCAGCCAGAGAUAUCCAGCCGUACGAGAUGCCUCCGCUGGGGCCGAUGCACUCCAAGGGCUUUGUCACCACCAUCUCGCCCUGGAUUGUGACUGUGGAUGCGUUAGCAAGUUGUUGCACAGGCCCGCCGACAUCCAACGCAACUCCGAUCCAUUCGUCACUCGUAACCGACGAGGCGAGUCACGGCGUUUAUGAUAUUGAGUUUACAGCUUCAGUGGCUCGUAAGUUUGUCGUGAUUUUCUCCGUUUUUAGAAGCAUCAAUGCUGAAAUGUCGCGAAUAGGUGGUGGCAAUAGCCCCGUCGAGAUUGUCCGGUCCAACUACCGCCACUCGUACUGGAGCGUUCCACAAAUGAUAGCAUACCAAUCCUCGGGGGGCUGGGGAAUCAACACGGGUGAUCUGGUAGCCAGUGGAACCGUCUCGUCUCCAGCGCCAGAGAUCAAGAAAGGACUCGGCUCGUACGGAUGUCUCCUAGAGUGCUUUGCGCAGCAACACGAGUUGCCUGCGGUGGGUGGCAAGUCCAUGUCCUGGCUCGAGGACGGCGAUGAACUCGCCAUCCAGGGCUGGUUCAGGGCGGCUGACGGUAGGAGGUGUGGGUUUGGCAAAGUGUCGGGCGUCGUGGUGCCGGGUCCUUCGUGGCCCUCGUAG